GCUCACACCACAUCAUCUCGUAUCGACACCAUAUCAUCCGGCGAGCGCAGAACGAUGCCACCGAAAAAUGCGAGCCCAAAGAAGAAACCUCAAGGUGCGGACCUCCGCUCGUUCUUUGGUGGUGCAGGGGCUGCGAAGCCGAGCGCUGUCACCGCAAAGGCGACGUUGAAGACUGGGAAGGAUAAAGCUGAGCCUAUAGAAAUCAGCGAGGAUGAGGGCAAGCCUUCCAAUACUCAGGCAACUCCUGCAUCCGUAAAGAGCAAGCCACCCGUAAAGUCCCAGCCGACACCCAAGUCCAAGUCCGAGCGCGUCAUGGUAGAUAGUGACGACGAACCCUCCUCCUCACGCAAACCUCGGAACCAACCUCCACCCACGCUCAAGCGCAAGAAAGCUGUCGUUAUAUCAAGCGACGAAGACGAAGACAGCGAUGAGCCCCAGCGGCCUUCCCCUCCGCCCAAGAAGAAAGCGGCUGUCGCGCCGUCCAGACCCGCAGCCAAGCCGCGAGCCUCGACUGCCUCGAACGGUAGGGCUAAGAAGAGGAAGGACGACGACUUUGUAGUUUCGGAUGAUGUUGAGGACGAUGAUGAUUUUGAGGAGGGCGAGUCGGAGGAUGCGCCGAAGAAGAAGAUCGCGCCGAAGGGCAAGGCUAAGGCCACGCCCAAGGAGACUGCCAACAAAGCGAAGCCCAGUAACGACACACCAAAGGCAAAAACUCCCAUUUCGACGCCGAAGAAGAAAGCGGAUACGAACGGCGCGUCGAGCUCGGUAGCACCCGCACCCGCUCCUGCGAAGCAGUUCAACUGGGCCCAAGCCAAAGCCGCGAAGCUCGCCGGCCCUUCCGCUCCAGGGAGCAAACAAGUCCCCGAUCCGCAGUGCGACGAACCCCUCCUGGGCCUCACCUUUGUCUUUACCGGCGAGCUCUCCUCUUUCUCCCGCGACGAGGCACAGGACCUCGCCAAGCGACACGGCGGGCGCGUCACCGGCCAGCCGUCGUCGAAGACGUCUUUCGUUGUACUGGGGGACAACGCGGGACCGAGCAAGGUCGCGGCGAUCACGAAGAACAAUCUCAAGACGCUGAAUGAGGAUGAGUUUCUAGAGCUGAUUGGGACGAGGGUGCCGGACGACGAUGAGUUGGACGAGAAGACGAAGAAGAAGCGGGAGAAGGAUAAGGAGGCGAUUCGCGCGGCCGCGAAGGAGAUAGAGAAGCGGGAGAGGCAUGCGGCGAAGGAUACGAAGGGAAGUGCGAAGGCAAUAGAUAUGUCGUCAGCCCUGUGGACAACGAAGUACGCCCCGCAGAACCUCAAAGAGAUAUGCGGCAACAAAGGCCAAGUCGAGAAGCUGCAGCAAUGGCUCAAAGACUGGAAAUCCUCCUAUAAAUCUGGCUUCAAAAAGCCCGGUAAAAACGGGAUGAACAUCUUCCGCGCCGUGCUCAUCACAGGGCCACCAGGAAUCGGCAAGACGACGAGUGCGCACAUGUGCGCGCGCCUCGAGGGUUUCACGCCGAUCGAGAUGAACGCGAGCGACGUGCGGAGCAAGCGCAUGGUCGAGAGCGGGUUGAAUAUCAAUAAUACGUCGUUGGAUGGGUGGAUGGGCGGACCUGAGGCGACGAACGCGUCAGGCGUGGCGAUCACGGACCGGUCGUGCCUGAUUAUGGACGAGGUGGACGGGAUGUCUGCGGGCGAUCGGGGUGGUGUGGGCGCGCUCAACGCGCUGAUUAAGAAGUCGCGAAUACCGAUUAUCUGCAUUGCGAAUGAUCGAGGGGCGCAGAAGCUAAAACCGCUCAUUGCGACGACGUUUAAUUUGCCCUUCCGGAAGCCAGACGCUACUGCCAUUCGGUCGCGAAUGAUGAGCAUUGCGUACAAAGAGAAGAUGCAGAUUCCACCUAACGUGGUCGAUGCGCUCGUCCAAGGUUCCCAAUCCGACAUCCGACAAGUGCUGAACAUGCUGAGCACCUGGCGACUCUCGAAUACGGCGAUGACGUUUGACGAAGGGAAGAACCUCGCGAAGAUUAACGAGAAGUACUCGAUCCUGACGCCGUUCGACGUCACGUUCAAGAUGCUGGGGCCGUACAUGUUCUCGAAUACUGCGCGCGAGACUUUGGGUGACAAGAUGGAGUUGUAUUUCCAUGACCAUUCGUUCGUGCCGCUGUUUAUUCAGGAGAACUAUCUGAAGACCGACCCCGUGCGGGUGCGGAAUCUCGCGGGUCCCGAGAAGGCGCUGAAGCAGCUGCAAUUGAUGGAUAAAGCUGCGGCGUCGAUAAGUGAUGGGGAUUUGGUGGAUAGCUUGAUACAUGGACCUGAACAACACUGGUCGCUCAUGCCUCUACAUGCCGUGUGUUCGACAGUGCGUCCGGCUUACCACGUCUACGGGCCUGGCGGCGGGUACGGCUCGAAAAAUCCCAUUACGUUCCCGCAAUAUCUCGGCCAGAACUCGAAGAUGGGCAAGCUGAGCCGCCAGUUGACGGACGUUCAAGUACGCAUGCGGCUCAAGGUCUCUGGAGACAAGUCCGAGAUACGGCAGAGCUACAUCCCCGCGCUCUUCCCGCACAUCGUCAAGCCACUUAUAGACGACGGCUCGAGCGCAGUGGACGAGGUCAUCGAGCGCAUGGACGAGUAUUUCGUCUCGCGCGAAGACUGGGACACGAUCGUCGAGCUCGGCGUCGGCGAGCAAAAGGACGAGCUCGUGCUCAAGAAGAUCCCGCUCGCAACGAAGACGGCGCUCACGCGCAAGUACAACUCCAGCGAACACCCGAUUCCGUUCCACAAGGCGACGGACCUGGGCAAGGUGCCGAAGAGGCUGCCUGGCGGGCCGGCUCCGGAUCUGGAGGAGGCGUUUGAUGCCGACGACGAGGUGCCUCCGGAUUCGGAUGACGAGAAGAAGAGCAAGGAUGAGGAUGAUAUAAGCGGGGAUAAGCUCAUUCAGCAGGCUGGUGCGAAAGGCAAGGGUAAAGCCAAGGCCAAGGCCCCAGCGAAGGUGACGAGCGAGGACAAGCCCAAGGGUAAGGCUUCGACAAAGCCGAAGGCAGGAGCAAAGUCCAAGAACUUCUAUAACUAAAGUAGAGUACACUCUUUGGUGCUUAAUAGCGCCCCCAUAUUCACGUCCUCCGUUGAG